CCAAGAGCCUUUUCUGGAAGCUUGAGCAAAGGCUCCCUUCCCAUCAUCAAGAGAACCAAGACCACAUCAAUGUCUAAGGCGCCAAGGUUAGAGGGCAAAGUGGCCCUUGUGACAGGUGCAGCUAGUGGGAUUGGCGCGGAAUCAGUAAGAUUAUUCGCAUCAAAUGGUGCGCUGGUUGUUGCUGCAGAUGUCCAAGACGAACUGGGGCAUGGAGUUGUAGAAUCAAUAGGGUCAGAAAGAGUGAGUUACCACCACUGUGAUGUAAGAGACGAGAAGGAAGUGGAAGAAACCGUGAAUUACACCCUGAACAAAUAUGGAAGCCUGGACGUUCUGUUCAGCAACGCUGGGAUCAUCGGUCCAAUAUCCAGCAUUCUGGAGCUUGACAUCCAAGGCUUCCACAACACCAUGGCCACCAAUGUUGUCGGAGUCGCUUCCACAAUCAAGCACGCGUCCCGAGCCAUGGUGGCCAGGAAUAUCCGCGGAUCUAUUAUAUGCACCACCAGUGUCUCUGCUUCGCUUGGAGGGACGGGUCCACAUGCUUACACCACAUCCAAACAUGCUUUGGUGGGUCUGGUCCGAUCGGCUUGCAGUGAGCUUGGGGUUCACGGGAUCAGAGUCAAUAGCAUUUCCCCUUUUGGAGUGGCCACCCCUCUUGCAUGCAGAGCUUUCAAUCUGGAACCGCAUGAGGUUGAGGCUAAUAGCAGUGCCAUUGCCAAUUUGAAGGGUAUUGUGCUCAAGGCCACGCAUAUCGCUGAAGCUGCUCUGUUUCUUGCUUCUGAUGAAUCCGCUUAUAUCAGCGGGCACAAUUUGGUUGUUGAUGGAGGCUUUACCGUUGUCAAUCACAGCUUUGCUUCAAAACUCUAAAUAUUUUAAACUUCAUUUUGUUUGUUUCUUUCCACUUCACUUAAAAAUGAAAUGCACGAUAAUCACAAUUCAUGAUACAAUGUUUUUGUGGACUGGAUGCUCUUUUGUAAUACUUGAAAAGAUGAAUUUUCUUUUAUUUCUCAAAGUCAAACUUCGUUACCAGCUAUUUGCCAUGUGCAUUUUCCUUGUAAUCUGCCAGAUAUGUUUAA